AGAAGCGUCUGCGCGCGUGCGGCUCCACGGUUCUGUCCGGUCCCCUGCCGAGCGCCGUUCACGCGUCUAUCCGUUUCCAGAAACACUUUGCGGACACACACACGCCACCUCACGGCAAAAAAAACCAAAACAUUUGGAGAGGCUUCUAAACAUGGGGAAACACAACAGCAAGCUUGCUCCAGAGGUUCUGGAUGACCUAACCAAGAACACGGAGUUCAACGAGGCAGAGUUGAAGCAGUGGUAUAAAGGCUUCUUGAAGGACUGUCCCUCUGGCAUCCUUAAUCUGGAGGAGUUCCAGCAGCUUUAUGUCAAGUUCUUCCCCUAUGGUGAUGCGUCAAAAUUUGCUCAGCAUGCCUUUCGCACCUUUGACAAAAAUGGUGAUGGCACAAUCGACUUCAGGGAGUUCAUCUGUGCUCUGUCCAUCACCUCACGGGGAAGCUUUGAGCAGAAACUCAACUGGGCCUUCAAUAUGUAUGACCUGGACGGAGAUGGCAAGAUUACACGCAUGGAGAUGCUUGAAAUUAUAGAGGCAAUAUAUAAAAUGGUUGGCACAGUGAUUAUGAUGCGCAUGAAUGAAGAUGGCUUGACACCUCAGCAGCGUGUGGACAAGAUCUUUAGCAAGAUGGACAAAGACCAUAACGACGAGAUCACAUUGGAGGAGUUCAAAGAGGCGGCCAAAAGCGACCCUUCAAUUGUCCUUCUACUGCAAUGUGACAUGCAGAAGUAGGGGAAAAGAGGAGAGAGGGUAAGAGAGAGUGGGUGGUUGUAGGUAUAGAGAGCAGGAGGUGUGAACCAACAUGUACAGACAUUUAGAGAGAAGUAGGUUAGUAAAAGUAGAAUUAUAACACUGUGUACAUAUCGUAGAAUGCAGUAGAAUACAAGUAAACAGGGUUAGGUGUGGUUUAGAGAAUAAGUGGGGAGUAAUAAGGGCCUGCAUCUUUGGUUAUGCAGUGAAUUGCAUUGCUUGUCAGAUAAUUGUACAAUGUCAUCAUGGUCAUAUCUAAUAUUUUAAGAUUUUUAAGAACCUAAUUUAUAUUAAAACAUUUUAGUGUGUCAUAGUCCUGAUCUGUGGAAUUUUACAAUAGAAAUCAUGCAAAAUU